AGUGACUUCAAAUUUCCCUGCAACGGAACUCUACUUGACAAUUGGGCAAGCCGAUUGAUGGGCCGCCGUCAGCUGCUCUGUGCUUUUUCCUCCGAGCAGUGUUCCUUCUCACUUCGGUGGCCAACUUUGUGUUGUGUAGCUCCAUUUGCUCUUCCACGCAGGCAGGAGAGGGGAGAUAUUGUGUCGCACACACGAAGAAAGUGUGGGUUCCUCUUGGUGUGUACCGCGUGUUUGCCGCAACGGUGUGCGUACCGCGUCUCACCAUGCAGACUCCCUCCACGGCGACAGACGCGCCGAAGUCGGAGCGCGGUCGCCGGCGUCUCAUCUCGCGCGGCCGCACCCUCUAUGCCUCUCCGUACGGCACCAUGCAAUCCGCCUCCACAGCAACUACGACGCCAGCACCCACAACGUUCGGUGCCCACCCCACCCACGCAUCCGCCCAACAGCCGUCAUCGUUGACUCGCCGUGAAACGGCCUCCCCCACUGCCGUCGCUACUGCUGCGGCUUCUACAACCACAAGAAAGGAAAGAAGCCGCGGAGGCUCGGUCUCCACAGUGUAUGCGACGAAGCCGCACUACCCUACGAGAUCCGUCAGCUACGCCGACACAUCCCUCAACUCCUCUUCGCGCACCGCAGCGGCGACUUCGCGUGUGCCGGCGCUGGCCGUUUCCGACCUCGCUGCCGCGCCGUCGCGGCUCCACUCGACGACGCUGCCGGCUGCCAAGCCCGCAACGAAAACAAUCCCGAUGGCGAGCGUAGACGAGCCGGAGCAGUCCACUGUGCGCGUCGGCGCCUUCAUCGUCAAGCGAAGCAGCAUCUCGCCGCGCCCGGGGCACCCAACGGGCGAGAGUCCGUCCUCGCCGUUUUCGCCCUACACCGUUUCUCCCGUCAGCACUCCGCGUCUGUCUCAAACCACUCCGUUUGGUCCGAAUGCGUUGACCGUUUACGAGCCGUGCGAUCUCUUCGAUCUGCACCACGCCUUGCAGCACCGGUUGGUGGACGAGCUUGGGUGGUCCCUGCACUGGUACCUCGACACCGAGACAGAGAUUCAGCAGCUGGAGUUGGCGAAGGAGAUGGAGGAGAAGGUAAGGACGAAACCAAGGAGUGUCGCAGAUAAGACGAACGUCGCUGUCACUGUCGCCACGGACGGUGUGAAGGGCAGUAAGGGCGAAGCAGUCGAAGCCGCAGCGAAAAGAUCAGGCAAGGCUCGCGACUCAGCGGGUGCGGCUCUUGCGGAGAGCGGCGCUGCUGCUGCUGCCGUUGUCACUCCGCAGCACAGCGACCCAAACACACCACAGAACUACCGCGUAGACGCACAGGGCCGUCAAUUGCCGUACAUCAAACAGAAGUCGCAGUUUGGUGUCAUGUCGACGCGCGUCGAGUGCGCCCUGUGCCACGAACUCGCGGCGGUGCGGCGCUCCGCCUUCGCCGUCACACCACGCUCGCGCCUCAGUCGAAGCCCCUAUGAGUUUCGCCUUGCAUCGCUGCGGCGAUGGCUGCGCAAGCGCGGCACCGAGUCCCCCGCUGACGCCCUGCUGGCGUCUUGCCUUUCAGUCGUGGCCCAGCGCUACCUCGCCUACCUCGGCAUCGCCGACUGCUGGACGUCGCUGUUCGUGACGGCCGGUCUGCCGUCCCUCCACGCCGCCGCCGCCUCCACCGCCUUGCCCACCGCCGCCCGCGAAAAGGCCCUGUCCUUUCCAGCGACGUUGUCGACCCCCACCCGCCUUGACCGCGUCCCGCUCAGCUUCUACGUCCUCCCCGCCCUGUGCCGGUGGAAAACGCUGCAGCCCGCACGCGUGGAACGGCUUCUGCGCACGGCAAAGAUGCAUCCAUUUUCGCUGCUGCGGUGCUUCCCAGACGUGGCCAACGGCACAUCUGCGAAGGAAGCUGCAGGGGUGAGCUCGGUGGCGUCGUCCGUUGCAUCAUCCUUGGUCUUCUUCACGAUUCAGCAGCAGACGUACCUCCCCGACGUGCGGCGCUCCUCCAGCCGACGGAACCAAAUGGCUUCGCUGGGGGAGUCAUGUGUGUGUGAUGUGUACCUUGUGGCGUCGAACGCGCCUGACGGCUUUCUCUCCUCUUGGGCAGCAGCGGACGGCAGCGCUGAUGCCGCCACAUCCACUACCACCGUCGCUUCGGUGUGGGGCCACGUGCCGACGGACGAAGAGAGGAACGGCUGGAGCAGCGGCGAUGGAGGCCAAGAUGGAGCUGGGCUGCCGCCAAGUGGUGAGCUCUUCUACAUUGCGAGUAGUUUGGAGAACUACCUGCGGCUGGGCAUCGUGUUUGGGUGGGUUUAUGGUUGGCAGAUGUGCUUUUCUACAGCGGGGCCGCCGUCCAACUCGGUGCCGUGGCUGCGGUGGAUCAACGCCUCCGCCUACGCGGCUGCGACGGCUGCCAACUCAGAAACCGCCCCGUGA